UCCGACUUCGUUAACUACUCAAUUUUGACAUCUGAAUAGCCAGCGCGCGUGUGCUUCUGACUAACCCAGCCGCGUAGUUGAUCUCUCACUGCAGAGAGCGAGUAGAAUCAUCGGUACCUUCGUGCGAUUCCUCUUCUCCCUUCAACUGUUGAUAGGUAGGACAGACUAGCGCAUUCUGAUUACGAAUAUCAGCUAAGACGCCUCAACCAUCUCAGAUGUGUGCAGAGAAAUAUUCAAAGAACACUAUUAUAUCACUGGUGCUACAACUCGACAUCUCGAGAACACGGCCUUUGCCGCGUCCAAAUAGCUCUCAAUUCACCGAUUGCAUUGACUCCUCAUCCGUUCUUCAAAGACUCAAAACACGUCAAGCCCGCUCAUGACCGUCGUUGUUCUUGAAGAUGUCGAAAAAAUACUGUAGCAUCCUAAUUCUAGCUCUACUUCUAUUAAACGAAUGUACCUUGGCAUCCUACGACAGGAGAAGAAGUACCGCGAUCGUAUUUAGCGGCGGCGGAAGUAGAAUAGGCCAACAGCUGGCUAUGCUCAUGUCCUUAUUUACUGGGGACAAUGCCGGUCAUGUCAAAGUCUUUCCAGACUUCAUUUCAGGUUCAUCUUCUGGAAGCGUAUGCGCAAUACUGGCCAAUGCCUUGUAUCGAACGGUUUUGGACCCCCUUUCACCGCCCUAUACUCCAGAUAGAAUCCGCCAACUUCUCCUCAGCAUAAAAGAGGAAAGCGUUAUAGACUUAAGCAUUUCUGGACUAGAGAAAGUGAUUUUCGAUAACCUGUUCGAUGGAUAUAUUUUCAACAACCAUCCGCUUCGUCAGCUGCUCAGCAAAGAGCUUGAGUAUCUCAAAUUCGAAAAACUUAAGGAUUUGUACAUACCUACAUGUAUCGCAGUCACUGACACCGUUGACGGAAAAACCUAUAGCCUUUGUUCCGAUGACCCCAACGUCAACGAGUUGCCUCUGAUUGACAUUGUUAUGGCUUCGACUGCCAUACCUGGACUUUUCAAGCCGCAAUCAAUUGCCGCCCCCCAGUCGUACGGAUCCGGUAAGUACAUGGACGGCUCAUUUGGCCGAGAGUCUAUCCCCGCUAUACCUGCCUUUAUGCGAAACAUAAACAUAAUUUAUUUGGUAACUCAUUCCGAUAAUUCCUACAGCUUUGAGGUAAAGCCGGUGCCGCAUUAUAACUAUUUACAUGCGAUUUUUCAGUUAUCAAAUUUGUUCGUCUCGUUGACAUCAUCGAUCUUCGACAUCAGUACCAACUUCAUGCUUGAAAUGUGGAAGUGCCACAAAGGCUCUACCAUAUACCUCUUCCAGCCGGAUAUUGACGACGGUUAUAACAUGGUCGAUUUUAAUAGUAUAUAUAAACAAUAUGAGACCACUUUACUUUGGACUGCCAAAAACCAGCCAAUAUGUUUGAAUUGUGGCAAGUAAUGAUACAAGUAGUCGUUCGCUAUUAGCAGCGAUUCUAAAAUUCUUUGAUAAAAAAAAUCGUCGUCUUUUUUAAUAUA